AUGGGUUUACUGAUAACUCUUCUCAUUACAGUUAAAAUUCAUCUCACAGAAAUACGUUUUCAAGAUCAGUACGCUGUAUUUCGCUGUCAUAUAAUGAAUAUUUCUAUCAUCAUCCUUCUACUCUCUCCACUCCUAUUCAAUCUGAAUCCGAAUGAGACAACGUGUCGAUAUGAACAGAUUCUCAUUCAAUAUUCCUCGACAUUAUUGAUAACCAACGUUUUCCUAAUAAGUUUAUUUCGAAUGUUAAAUAAAUCAUUUAACAAAAAGUUUCACUUGACUUUAUUCCUAUUUGUAAUCGUAUUUAUCUUACAAACCAUAUCGACAAGCAUUUGGCUGUGGCGAAUUCGUCAUCAACAACAAAACUAUCAUCGCCAGACAUGUUUUCACCGAAUACAAAUUAACUUAUGCAUCCAUGCUCAACAGCCUUUAUUAAUCCCAACAUUAUCUCUUUUAAUUGCUUUGAUUCUAACUGCUUGGAACAUCUAUCGCUUUACUAAGCCGUUCGCUGUCGCACAGCUACUGGAAUCUAUCAUAUCAGCGAUUGGACUUCUGAUGAGUGGAAGCAUGUGGUAUACGAAUCUAUUCUUUUCAUCGUAUCCGCAAAUGCCUUAUAGUUAUGUCGCCUAUGUUUUCCUGCUGACAUAUACAUUGCCAAGAGUAUGGAUAUCUGAACUUGAACGUUCGCGGAUAACUGUUGAAGAAGUGAAGCCUCUUCUACAUGACAAAGUCGAAUUUCGGAAUGACAAUUGUGUCAUUCAGUUUAAUGACGACGAUGAAGAUGAUGAAACUAGUAUUGAUUUUACUCAACAUCAUCGUGAGAAAUCAGUCAUUCGGACAACAGAAAUGUCACCGGGUGAAAUAUUUUCAUCAAUACUUGAUAAGUACGACACAAAACCUAGCCGAUGUCUUUGA